ACGCUGUGGACGCGGUUUGUCGGUCUGGAGGAAACGACGCCGUAUUGGCAUAUUCUCUCUCUCUCACUGUCCAUUUCUUCCCCUCAGAUCGGUCCUCUCUCUUCAGGAGACCGCAGUUGUAGGAUUCCUUUAGUCUUUCUUCAAUGGGGAACGAUCAUGAGGAAUCAAGCCCUCUUCUCACCAAGCAAGUGAAUGCUGAUGAUAAAAAACCUAAUCCUACCGAAACUUUUGCUCAGACUUUGCCUCCGACCAAGCCGUCGCCGCCGGUGUGCGCUUCCAGCUUCGGAUGGACCGCCGAUGGAUUGCCUUUGGGCCACGGGAGCGUGGUAGGUGAGCCGAUGGGGCGGACUCAGUGGGACUCUAGCCUCUUUGCUUGCCUAGGUCGUAACGAUGAGUUCUGCAGCAGCGAUCUUGAAGUUUGUCUUCUUGGAAGCAUGGCUCCCUGUGUGCUGUAUGGAGGCAAUGCUGAGAGGCUUGGAUCUGGGGCCGGAUCUUUUGCUAAUCACUGCUUGCCUUACACUGGUUUAUACCUGAUUGGAAAUUCCUUUUUUGGUUAUAACUGCCUGGCACCUUGGUUUUCAUAUCCUAGCAGGACAGCCAUCCGUCGGAAAUUUAAUCUAGAGGGCAGCUGUGAGGCAUUUGCUAGAUCAUGUGGGUGCUGUGGAAGCUUUGUGGAGGACGAGUUGCAGCGCGAACAUUGUGAGACAGCUUGUGACUUUGCAACUCAUGUGUUCUGCCAUGCCUGUGCCCUGUGCCAGGAAGGUCGUGAGCUGAGGCGAAGGUUGCCUCAUCCUGGUUUCAAUGCCCAACCAGUCUUGGUAAUGAUCCCUCCGGGAGAGCAGACCAUGGGCCGCAGUGUGCCCUAAGCAUCUCAGCAUGGAAAUAGUAGCCUGUGUAUAUCUUAUCAGUAUGAUGUUCGAGACUGUCUUAAAACUCUAUUUGCAGUAUCUGAGUUGUAUUUGAGAACUGUUUGCUUGGUUUGCUUGACCACGAUAUAAAUAAGCUACUUUGAAAUUGAGACAUUAUUUUGUUUAUACUCGUAUGA